AUGGAUUUCUCGUCAAGUUUUCAUGAGUCACAACAAAUUCAGAUGGAAGAAAUUAUUAAUGAUGGAGUGACAAGAUCUAAUGCACUUUACAAUUUAAGUGAAGCUGAUAGAUUUAAUUCAAACUCGGAGAUAGAAAGCGAUGAAAGUGAUAGUGAUUACAAUGUAGAAGACUCGGAUUCAACAAGUAAUAGUGACGGUGAAGAAGAGAAUAUUCAGACUAAUGACCCAACAAAUAUGGAUGGACAUAUUCCUAAUGUGCCAUGGUUUACAACAGAGGAGAUCCUCAACAACGUUGCCAUGAAUAAUUCAGGUCAUUUUCCUAAUUUUAAUUCUCUUAACAAUGAUCUUUUUGAAGGUCAAUGUUUUGUAGAUAAACAAACUGCAAUAGAUGCAAUAAAAUCAAGCCACAUAAGAGAAUCAAGAAAUUAUCAUGUUUUAAAGAGCACUACGGUGCUUUAUGAGGCAAAAUGUACUAUAGUUACAUGUCCGUGGAAAAUUCGAGUUAUAAAAAGUAAGCGAUCUGGAUACUUUCAAAUCACUAAACUUCCUGCUCAACAUAACUGCCUUUUGAGAACAAUCCAAAGAGACCACAAGAAACUUAGUUCAAAAAUGAUUGGAAGUGUUAUAAAGCAACAAAUAAUGGAGGGGCCAUACUUGAAAGUGAAUAACAUAAGGAAUCAAAUACUGGCAAUGUAUAAAUAUCAUGUUAGCUACAAGAAGGCUUGGUUGGCAAAACAAAAGGCAAUAUCGGAGGUGUAUGGUGAUUGGACGAUCUCUUAUUCUAAACUUCCUAAAUUUUUAAGUGCUUUGAUGCAUUUUAAUCCAGGCACGAGUGUUUCGAUUGAAGCUGUGGUCGAUGUUACAAAACUCCACACGUCGGUGUUUAAGCGUGUAUGGUGGGCAUUCAAACCGAUAGCUGAUGGGUGGCAACAUGCUCGGCCAGUUAUUAGUAUUGAUGGUACGUUCUUGAAAGGAAGAUAUAACGGGAAAUUAUUAAUUGCAAUGGGAUCUGAUUCUAAUAACCAUCAAUACCCACUUGCUUAUGCUAUAGUCAAUGAAGAAACAACUGCCAACUGGUCAUGGUUUCUACGUCGCCUUCGUAGAUUUAUAUGUCGAAGUAGAACGGGAGUGUGCAUAAUUUCAGACCGUCAUGCUGGAAUCAUUGAAGCAAUGAAGAAAGAACAAAAUGGCUUCACUGGAGACAUGGGUAUACAUCGUUUUUGUCUCUACCAUGUCCGUAGUAAUUUUAGUUCAGCUUAUCCUGGAUCACAUUUGAAGAUGUUAUGUUGGGUGGCCGGAAAUAAUAGUCAAGUGAGAAAAUUCGAAGAUGCGAUGAGACAAAUCAAAGAGCUUAAUCCCGAUGCUGAAAAAUGGUUACGAAAUAUUCCAUUAGAGAUGUGGACUAUGUCUCACGAUGGAGGAUAUCGUUACGGUCAAGCAACAACAAAUAUGGUCGAAGGUUUCAAUGGUAUCUUAAGGUCUGCUCGUUUUCUUCCGAUCACGUCAAUGGUGGAAUAUAUAUAUUAUCGCUCUGUAAAACUUGUUGCAGAAAGGCGUACUCAAACUUUGAAUGAUCUUCAAAAUGGGCAUACUUAUUGCAAUAUGUCAAGAAAAUUAUUUGAAAAUAUCGAAAGCAAGGCAUCAGCACACACAGUUAUUCCAUACAAUGAGCAAACUGGAAUCUUUGAGGUGACUACUGCACGUUACAGAACUAAUAAUGGUUGUUGGAAAGGUGGCAACAAACAUAUCAUUGACCUAUGUAAAGGUUUUUGUUCUUGUGGAAAAUGGUGCCGGUAUCACUCUCCAUGUUCACAUAUAGUUGCUGGUUGUAUAGUGUGCAAUCUCGAUUGGGUUAAAUACAUCGAUACAUAUCACAAUCUAACAACACUUUCUGAGAUGUGGCAGUAUGAUUUUCACCCCAUACCUAAUGAAUCAUAUUGGACGUUCCCAAUAGCACAUGAUUGGGAGAAAUAUGGUAAUCUUGUUCCCAAUGAAAAUUCGAGAAAGAAGAAAAACCAACGAGGUCAAAGCCAGCGUAUUCGAACCGAAAUGGAUAACCCACGAAGAACCAUCAUUUGUGGGAAAUGUGGCCAAGAAGGUCAUACGAGACGUAGCCAACGUUGUCCUGAGCAAAAUCGUCAAUAA